GGAGUGCCCGGUGGCCGGCCGGGUGAGUUUGAGAAAUUUCUUGUUGUGAGUAUAAAUACGGGGGGAGCGGUGGCGCGGCCGUUAGUGAACGAGGAGCAGCCCCAACAUGACGAACCAAGUGGUGCUGCUGCUGCUGCUGUCUGCGACGGCGUGCCUGGCGGGCCCCCCGCUGUCCGCCCUCCCCGGCUACCUGGACGGCUACGACAGCCUGGGCCAUGACGGUUACGACCUCCUCGGCCCCGGGGCCCACGGCCUCUCGCACGGCGGCGCCGCUCGCAUCGUGGACGCCGGCCUCCAGUACGCCGUGCCGGACGCACACGCCUACAUCAAGGAGCCGGCCGUGACGUACAUCGAGAAGGCGCCCGCCAUCGGCUACGCCAAGUCGCCCGUGGUGUACGCCAGCGCCCCCGAGAUCCGGCACGACGUGAGCCCCGUGGUGUACGCCAAGGCCGCCUCCCCCGUCGUCUACAGCGGCGAGGUGCAGGCCAGCCCCGUCUCCUACGCCAGCCCCGUGUCGUACGACCACAGCCCCGUGUCCUACGGACACGGUCCGGUGUCCUACGAACACGGCCCCGUGUCGUACGACCACGGCCCAGUGUCCUACGACCACAUCCCGGUCUCCCAUGGCCCCAGCCCCGUGGCGUACGCUAGCCCCGUCGCGUACGCAGAGAAGGUGAUCGACGCUCCCGUGGCGUCCGUGGCUGUGGCGGCGACCCCCAGCAUCGAGCUCGGCCAUGACCUGGGCCACGGCCACUCCGCCGUGAUCGCCGACCCGCACCUUGUGUCAGACGGCCACGUCCUCACCGGCGCCCCCGCCAUCCUCCCCACCGACGUGUACUCGUACGGCAGCGCCCUCAAGGGCCCCCUCACGUACGCCAGCUACGGGCACGUGGGCCACAGCCUGUACGACGGCUCGGUGGCGUACGGCAGCUCCUACGGGUACAACACGGGCAAGGGGCCCGGCGCCAAGGCGCACGGCUACACCUCCGUGGUCAAGGGGCCGCACUCCGUGUCCUACCAGAGCGUGCACAAGGAGGACGUGCCUUACGGCUACGCGGCGCACUACGGCUACGCUGGCCACGGCGGCUACGUGGACGUCUCCGGUCACGGCGGCCUCCUCGGCGGCGUCGGGCACGGCCUCGUCGGCAGCCCUGCCGUCAGCUACGGCCAUAGCCUCGUCAGCAGCCACGCGCUCGGCGUCGGGCACGGCCUCAUCACCAGCAGCCCCGGCGUCAGCGUCGGGCACGGCCUCGUCGGCAGCCCCGCCAUCUACGGCGGUGGCCUCGGCUACGGCCACGGCCACGGUAUCGCCGCCUCGAGCUACGCGUCCUACGGCGGACACUACUAGACGGCUAGCGCCCGCCGGCCGCGGGACGCGAGCCGCACGCGCCCGCCGCACCACUCCGCGCCACGCCGCUCGGGGCGCGUCCCGCGGCGUGGCGCAGGAGACCAGCGGGGGCAGAUCGGUCCCCAGGACUCCUCUCCCUGAUGUCCUCCGACGUGGAGUCCCGCCGGACAUCGGCCCCUGACGCCUGCGGCGGCUCCUGUUCGCUCGUCGCACUCCCGCCCAGGCCGGGCUGGCGCCAAAGUCCGACAGCACUAGUCAUCUCACCAAACCCUCGCCUUCCCCUGCUGCUCCAGCUCAAACUCAAUCACGCCUCUGCCCUGCAUAUCCCGUCCGCAAACCGAGGAGAUCAGAGAUUAAACCGCGAUAUGCGAGUUCAAAGAUAAGACAAUAAUAUUUAUGUAUUAAAUUGAUAAGUGUGAAUAAAAACUGUUCACGGAAUGGAA